AUGUCAUCUUCAGGUCGUUUCCUAGACACAUUUAAACCACUUCAAUCACUUCUACCUGAAGUUAUUGCUCCAGAAAGAAAAGUCCCAUAUAAUCAAAAAUUGAUUUGGACUGGUGUCUCUCUAUUAAUCUUCCUAAUCUUAGGUCAAAUCCCUCUUUAUGGCAUCGUCUCUAGUGAAACUUCUGAUCCAUUAUAUUGGUUACGUGCAAUGUUAGCAUCCAAUCGUGGUACUCUAAUGGAACUCGGUGUCUCCCCAAUUAUAACUUCCUCCAUGAUUUUACAAUUCUUACAAGGUACUCAAUUGAUUUCAAUUGAAUUAACAAACAAAAAUGACAGAGAAUUGUAUCAAGUUGUUCAAAAAUGUUGUGCUAUCGUUUUAACUUUCGGUCAAGCUUUAGUUGUCGUCUUAACAGGUAACUAUGGUAGACCAAGCGAUUUAGGUAUUGCUAUCUCUUUAUUAUUAAUCUUUCAACUAAUGUUUGCCUCAUUUAUCGUCUUAUUAUUAGAUGAAUUACUUUCAAAAGGUUACGGUCUAAAUUCUGGUAUUUCCUUAUUUACUGCAACUAAUAUUGCCGAACAAAUCUUCUGGAAAGCUUUUGCUCCAACUACUAUUAAUAUUGGUCGUGGUAAAGAAUUCGAAGGUGCAGUUAUCGCUUUUAUUCAUUUAUUAGCUGUCAGAAAAGACAAGAAGAGAGCUUUAGUUGAAGCUUUCUACAGAGAUAACUUACCAAAUAUGACUCAAGUCAUCUCUACCCUCUGUGUCUUCUUCUUUAUCCUAUAUUUACAAGGUUUCAAUUACCAAAUCCCAAUUAGAUCCACUAAAGUUAGAGGUCAAAUCGGUGCUUACCCAAUCAAACUAUUCUAUACUUCUAACACUCCAAUCAUGUUACAAAAUGCUUUAUCUUCAAACCUUUUCUUAAUUUCUCAAAUCCUUUACCAAAAAUUCCCAAGCAAUCCAAUCAUUAGAUUAUUAGGUGUAUGGGGUAUAAGACCAGGUACUCAAGGUCCACAAGUCGCCUUAUCCGGUCUAUCUUACUACAUUCAACCAAUUUAUUCAAUUAAAGAAUUAUUAUUGGACCCAAUCAAGACUUUAAUUUACGUUACGUUCGUCAUCGCUACUUGUGCUCUAUUCUCAAAGACUUGGAUUGAAAUCUCAGGUACUUCUCCACGUGAUGUCGCUAAACAAUUUAAAGAUCAAGGUAUGGUCAUUAACGGUAAGAGAGAAACUAAUGUUUACAAAGAAUUGAAAAAGGUCAUCCCAACCGCUGCUGCCUUUGGUGGUGCUACCAUUGGUGCUUUAUCAAUCUUUUCUGAUUUAUUAGGUACUUUAGGUUCAGGUGCAUCUAUCUUAAUGGCAACCACUACCAUUUACGGUAUUUAUGAAAUUGCCGCUAAGGAAGGUGGAUUUUCAAAGAAUUUAGUUCCAGGUUUCUCCGAACUUAUGUAA